UUCUAACCAAAAUUAUAUUUGUAGUAUUUGUUUAUCUCAAUUAAUAUUAGGAAAUAAUGAUCACCGAUGCAGAUUUAAAAACUAAAAUGGGUUACAUAAAAGAAAUAUGUUCCAUCCCUACACAUUCGUUACGGGAUCAAGAUAAAAUACUCAGUAACAUAAUACAUGUUACGAGAAACGCAUUACAAGAUCAACUAUUAAUUUACAAUCCAGAUAAUAUUAUUCUAUGUACCCUCAAACUUUUCUUUAAUUAUAAAGAAAAUGUAUCUGUCACCGAUAACGUUUGCGAAUGGAAACGACGAAAGAAACGUCGCCUUGCCAAAGAAUGUUACAACAGUUUAUUGCAAGUAUAUGUUCCUGAGAAAUCUAAAGAAAUUCUUGAAGCUAUAAUUAGUAUGAUUUAUGAGGAUAAACUUUGGGAAUUCGAAAGCUUUUGUUUCGAAAUUAUGUGCGAUCUAUUGGAAUAUGGUAUCAGUGGAGCGUUAUUGAUUCAUGCAAUAUGGGACAGAAUUGAAGUUGCAAAUAUAAACAUGGAAGAUACAAGGAAAAUCAUAAGAAUAUUAUAUGAAUUGCUAGAUGUUUAUGAUUGGCCAGAUAAUUAUGAUACAGUGAUGGUUAUUGAAAGAAUUUUAAAUCUUUUUUAUAUUAGUAUAACUAGUAGACAAUAUUCUCCCAAUUCAUAUGCGAUACUCAAAAAGGGUUUAGAGGUGUGCCUCAUUAAUAUUGUGAAACACGUGGUAAAUGAUCAUCUUUUAAUCAUAGUGCAAUAUAUGUGUUCAUGGGCUGUUGAGAAAGGAAUGACAAAUGAAAUUAUUUUAGAGUUUGGCAGUACACUUGAAUAUACAGCUUACAUGCACGAGGUAACAUUAUUUGAAAAGACUUUAACGCCAAAGGUAUUUCCAUUACUGAUGCAAAUGAUAGCAUCAAAAAGUAAAAUAACUAGUUUAUUGGGUAAUAGAGUUAUACAAUAUUUAUUAGACAGACAGGACAAUAGAAUGAAUUUUGACACGCCUAAAAUAUUUUUUGAAGACACUCAAUUUGAUCUGAAAAUAGGUAAGUGUCUUAAAGAAGAUAAAUUGUUUUGCAAGCUACAUAGAGAAAUUUUACACGACAGUCUUUUAAAAAGCAUCAUAAACCAUUGUACGUCGCGUAUGAAUUUAGAAACGACAUAUUGUACAAUUUGUUUAAUCGCAACCGAAGUUCCAUGCGGAUUUACAGCGGCAGCUUUAGUUUGUCUUAUAAUGAAUUUGCAAGACUUAACCUUAAAAGAAAGCAAACGUAAUACCGAGGUAUCAUAUCAUUUACAUGCUACAGUAAUAUCAAUCAUGUCCCUAUUAUGUUGGAUUCAUAAAGCUAAAGUAUUUUAUGAAUAUGUAAAUAAAAUAAUGAUGGAAAGAGCACAGUGGGCUCCACAUUUAAAUCCUCCUAUUCAAUCUCAAUAUAGUUUCGCAGCGCAUCAUAUUCUUUGGAAUAAACCAGAGUUAUUUUUCGUUGACUGGGAAGCACGUUACUUAAUAAUUUCUAGAGAAAUAAUGUCUGGAGAACAGUUUUCAUUAGUUUGGAAUAGUUUUCCAAGAAAUUUAUCAUCAGGAUUGUACACAUUAUUAACCGAUGAGCAAUUAGUUGAUGUAACCCUAGCUGCAGAAGGCCAAAUAUUACGUGCACAUAAGUUAAUAUUAUCAGUUUGUAGUACAUACUUCAGAGAACUAUUUAAGGAAAAUUCUUGCAAGCAUCCAAUUGUGAUUUUAAAAGAUGUUAAUUACCGGGAUUUAUCAGCAAUGCUUCAUUUUAUGUAUCAAGGAGAAGUUAACAUUAAGCAGGAAGAUAUUGCUAGUUUUUUAAAAGUUGCAGAAACUUUGCAGAUAAAGGGUUUAACUACAGAAACUGAAGAGAAACUUGAGGAGGCUUUAUCGAAGAAUGCGCAAAACUUGGAUAAAAUAUUUAAUGCAGAACAGAAUAAUUCUGUUCGAUCAGAUUUAAAUAUUCAUAGCUUUGAAAAAGCUAAACAGAAUCAACAAUCUCAGGGACAAGAAAUAUCAGAAAGUAAUUUUAUUGAGAAAGAUUCGAAUGUCAAUAAUGUAUGCUGUCAGCAACAUUGUACUUCUGAUUCAAGUUAUAAUAUACAAGAUAUUCACAUGACAAGAAGCGAUUGUUCUAGAGGUAUCGAGCCAGAGUGUGAUGAAGAGGAGCCAUUAGAUUGUACAGCUGAUAUAAGUCAUGUACAAUCAAAGCAUGAACCAUUAGAUUAUACCCUUGAUAUUGAUGCAGAAACUGGUUAUAAAACAUAUUUGCCUAAUGAACCAUUUCAUAAACCUGAAGAAAAUGUACAUAGAAAAGAUUUUGUACCAGACAUGCAGUUAGUUCCCUACAGUCAAAAUGUGCAAUCUCAAUCAUUUGUAGUGGCAUGGUCGAGAAAGGUUUGGAUAAGUUUCGUCAAAUGGAAGUACCCAAACGUGGUGGUAGUAGAAGAGAACAGUAUACGCACUAUUCUGGAUCAAUUCCGAAAUCACGGGAUUUAUACUUUGCUUAUUCAAGCACGUUCAAUAGCGGAGAAUAUUCGAGGACAUUUAAUUCACCUGACAUCGUCGAGAAGAUUCCUUCGAGCAGGUUUAUCCACGAGAUGGGGCCUCUACGUGUGGAAGGAUCUUGAUUAUUUCUCUAUCGAUAAUCAUUUGUUAAAUUCACCAUGCUCGUUCAGAGGUCGCCCUAUCACAGAGUCGAAUAUUCAGGACUACGUGAGCGAUUUGACCUCGAAAUUCUUUCCAACUGGGCAACCACCAUGGCAGGUGCACGUGAUUAAUUGUUUCCUCCGUGGAGAAGAGUACCAAGUGUGUCUGGUGAGGGUCCAUCACCUACUGCUUCGACAGGAACACUUAGCAUUGGCUGAUUUCCUUCCACUAAGAUAUUCAACCGACGGUUGGUCCUGCCAAGAAACAGACUCUCCUUUUACCAAUCUCUACGCCGAGCCUUCUGCCCUUCCAAAGCUCUACCAGAAACUCACCGAGAGCUUCAGCAAUUACUGGAACGAGUUCCUCUAUAACAACGACCCUAACGAGAGGCCGGAGAUCUUGAAGAAGCAGAUCGGUAUAUUUCACUGCGCCAAAAUCGGUGUUAUAGUUCUAGUUUCUUCGCUGAAAGAGUUGACGAGGCAGUAUAGAAAACGAGAGAGACCUGGAUUCUUUGCCUUCUUUUCAAUCAUUCAUCGAGAAGCCAGCAAACGAAGUUUCGGUCCUCUGGUAUUUCUACGGGCACUCGUGAGAUCUCUGAACCCUUUCGAAUUAAUAUACGACGCCAUAUUGUGGUUCUGGUACCUCGGAGUCACGUUGACCCUGAAAACACCAAUACUACUGUUACGAGAGCUUCGAGCCUUGAAAUCACGUCACAAGCAUUAUUAUCCAGACACUCUGACAUCCGUUUUAUGGUAUUACGUUCCGUUAAUAGUUCUAGCCACCAUGGAAGUCCUGUCCAUCACGUGGAUAGCGAUCAGAGCGCCUAAAACGAUAUUGGAGGAAUUAUUCUUAAAACAUCCACAAACGAAUCGUCUUCAGACCACCUCCCCGUGCGGUAGAAAAGUGGUCGCAUGGUCCGAGGAGGUUGAAUUCGAAAUUCUUAGAAAAAUCUCUAGUAUGACUGGCGCGACUGAGGCUGAGAUUCUAUUGGCCGUUAUGGUCGAUUCUUUGAAGGAGUACUUCCGGCAUUCAGGGGUUAGGAUACCGGACGACGUCCUCGCGACUGGAAAGUUUAUUAGCCAGAGAUCGAUUUUUGUACAGAAUCAUGAAGCCAGGGGUAUUUUGUGCCUCGCACUGCCUACUAGAACUCCGCUGUUCGAAGAUGAUCUGGUUGAAAUCUUACAGGUCAUCCAGAAGAACGUACGAGAGGCGAGAUCGAAGCAGAGUGCUAUGUAUGCUAUUACAGCGGCAGAGGCUUCCUUCGGAUUGAUUUCUUCUUGUUUACCUUCGUUGUUGCUCAAAGUGAUGCUAAAUCAAUUAACGAGAAGGUAUUCCCUCUCGUUGACUCACGUCGAUGGAGAUUUACCUGUGGAAGGUGUCGAUACUGUGAUGUAUUGGAGACCUCCUCAAGGCAACUGUAAUAUGUCCAUAACAUUACAUAGGUACGGGAAUGGAGUACGUUUGGGCGUAAUGGGUGACGCGUUAAUUGGCCCUGAACAUUCAAUUAUUACAAGGACCUUCCCGAAAAGUAUAGAGAAUCUAGCGAACGUGGUUGGUGUACCAAGAACUCCUAGCAGACAUUCUACACCGAGCCCAGCCAGUCCGAGCACAUCACCGGGCCAUUAAUAUUUGCACGGGGGCUAUGCGAAAUAAGUCACGUGUCUGGCUCCUGGGAAGAUAAAUAAAAUAUUCUUUUUAUUUUUUUAAUUCUUUCAAAUAAGAGAUUUCACGAAAUACCAACUCGUGGAAAGUGAUUGAAUCGGUUAUUAAGAUACCAAUAAGCCUCUGUAGGGUUUGUUAUUUAAUCGUGCUGAUACAAAGUGAACGAUGUUUAUAAAUAUUUACGCGAUAUUCGCUUGAAAAGAAUAUUUUUUCAUUCUUUUUUAUUAUUUUAUAUCUUUUAGAAAGAAACAAAACGAAAGAAAGGAAAAGAAUUCAUAGUGUUUCGUUAUUUUUUUUUUUUUUCUCAGCUCCGUCCUUUUCUGCGCUUUCGUUCUUUUAAUUAAAUAAUUUCAUUGCGUUCUUCUGUAUUGUAUGUAUAUAUUUAUAUAAAUAUAAAUGUUCGUAUCUAUUUAUAUAUACGUUAUUAACAUUUCAGGCAUUACAAUUCAUCGGUAAUAUAUGUUUUUUUCUUUUCAAAUUUCAUUGAAUAUACGUUUAUCAAUUUUUAUCCCACGAAUAAUGCAACUGUAAGGAAGUUAAUGCGACAACGUGAUUGCCAUUGUUGACUAGUUUAUACUUGGAAGCAUAUUAUAUGUAUCCUUCAUAUAAUAAUAAUUGCCCGGAUAAUUAUUUAUAUACAUAUAGUUAUUUUAAUAAAAUAUUGGCUAUAUACAAAAAUUCUUUAAUAAGUUUUAAUUAAAGGAGUAUUAAGUACAGACAUCAAGAAAUGUUUAAGUAAAACACUGAUUAUAUUAUAAUCCUACGUUUUGUCUUCCUAUGAAAAUUGUCAAAUUGUUUAAACGUUUCGAAAAAGCUGUAAAUAAUUAUCCAAAAGUUGGAUGAAUUUGUUAAUUUUCAAUAUAUAUUUAUAUAACAAGAUAACAUUGAACUUCGAAAAUAUUUUAUCAACAGUCUCGCUGGAGUCAGCGAACUCUAAAUGUUCGAUCACGCAAUUUUCUACGUUUUUAUCUUCUGAAAAAAACGACACGAUCACGGCCAGGACGUUUCGUUACAACGAUGCGAAAUUUAUAAUGCAUCAUUUUCGUUUCCACGACAGACUUUUGAUUUAGCUAUUCGUAUAUAUUGGACGCUAUAAGGCAAAAGUUUAGAAGUGUACCUAAUUCUGUUUGCACUCCAAAAAUUCCUUGCCUUGAUUAACACUUUUACGAAUACACGAAUUUAAUCGUUUUUGUUAAUUACCGAAUACAUAUACAAUUUUCAUAGUUAUAAUAACUGGUCGAAUAUGAAUGUAUAUGUUAUACAUAUGUAUAACUUGUUAAAUAAUUAUCAAGCAACUACUUUCAAUUUCAUAGUAAAAAGCUUUAUCGCUAAAAUAAUUUUUGAAAAAAGAUUCAUUUAGCUACUUAGAUAUUUACUACUUUAGAAUGAAUGCUAUCGAUUCUCGAUAGCCUGUUUUAAAGAAAAUAUAUAUUAUUUGAAUAAAUUUCAUAAAAGAUAUAUUUGUCUAUUUAAUACCUAUCGUGCAUAUGAAUCGAAAAAUAGAGUAGAUUGUAGAUUUAAAUAAUUAAACCUAUAAAUAAAUAUACAUUACUGUAUAUUAUGUUUGACAAAUAUCAUUAUUGAUCUAUAAAUGCUACUAUUAUCACUGUACGCGAAAAUAUGACUGUAUAAUUAAAAAUAUGGCUAGAAGUAAAUUGCUCCCCCAAACAUGGAAAAACUAAUAUAACUAAAAAAUAAAAGAAA